AUGUCUUCAGAUCCAGCCGCCCCGCCAACAAUAAUAGCCCAGAAGCAAGCCUUUCUUACCAACCAGACUCGUCUGCUUUCGCAGCCCUUACAUCCGUCCAAGGCCUGGCUCGUCGCAAAUGAGACCUCGGAAUCCCCAGUUACUGACCCGGUUAUUGAGCAUGUCGUCGCCCGUUUAAACCAUAUUGUCACCCAGCACUCUCGACGUGCCUAUUCCCAUCAGGCAAGCCGUCAUGUUGCUGAACAGAUUGACGCCCUUUACCUAUCACAUCCGACAACCAUUCAGAAAGACGAGCCUUCUGAAGGUCUCUCCGUCUCUUUGGACUUGACCGACGAUGCUGCCGUGAAGUCGCUUCCCGCAACAUGGCCGGCUGAAGAGAUUUCAACUAGGUAUCCCAUGGAAGCGAGGCGGUAUUCUGAGCAGCUUGAGCGUCUUAAAUCGCUCGCUGAGAAGAGACAGCAGGUAAAAGACCGUAUUGAUCGGCUCCGGCACAUGAAAACUCUGCUGGACCAUUUUCGCUCAGACGAGUCCGGUGCAGGCGUCCAGGAGAACCUCGUCACCCGCGGCGGCGAUGUCGAAAGGGAAAUGGAAAAGAUGCGCGUCUUGCUGGCCCGCGUGGGAGGCCGCGUCAACCUCCUGCCGGAGUCUACUGAGUCCGGAAGUCUCUUCAGGGAGGAAGACUCCCUCGUUGUUGAGCCUGUGUUCACGGGGGAGAAGCGGAAACUCGACGACCUACUAGACAGGUUUUGA